GUACGCUGCUAGGGUUUGUCUUUUCUUGCUCCACCCAGUUCUAAGGCGUUCUUUUCUUUUUUUUUUUUUCCGGUUAGGAAUCCGGACUGGAGACCAGGUGCCCCCACCCCGCCCUCUUGGGCCGCCGGCAUUCCUUCCCUCCCGCCUUGCUGGAUGGUGGCGGGAGGGGGAGGAGGAAGUCAGGGCGCCUGCGCAGGGAGGCCGCUUUCCAUCCGGGUCCCUGUCUGUGCGGUGCAGCAGGUCGGUAGGCGGGAAAUGGCGACUGGCUGAAGGAACUGGUUCUGUUACUGCUGCGGGCUAAGCGGGAAGGACACCCCACAUUGCGCAGUCGGGACCAUAGCCGGAGCCCGAGGAUACUUCUCUGUCGUCAUAGUGAGUUUUACAUGUGGCACCCAUAAAAGAUGAGGCUGAGAACACGAAAAGCUUCUCAGCAGUCCAAUCCAAUCCAAACACAACGCACUGCCAGAGCCAAAAGGAAAUAUUCAGAGGUUGAUGAUAGCCUGCCUUCACGAGGAGAAAAACCACCGAAGAAUGAGACUGGCUUAUUGUCUUCAAUUAAAAAAUUCAUUAAAGGAAGCACACCCAAGGAAGAGAGAGAAAAUCCUUCGAAACGAAGUAGAAUUGAACGUGAUAUAGAUAAUAAUUUGAUCACAUCAACACCAAGAGCAGGAGAAAAGCCUAACAAACAGAUAUCUCGAGUAAGACGGAAAAGUCAAGUAAAUGGAGAAGCUGGUAGUUAUGAAAUGACAAAUCAACAUGUGAAACAAAAUGGGAAAUUAGAAGAUAAUCCUUCCUCUGGCAGUCCUCCAAGGACAACACUGUUGGGGACCAUAUUUUCUCCCGUCUUCAACUUUUUUUCACCAGCAAAUAAAAAUGGAACAUCAGGAUCAGAUUCCCCAGGACAAGCUGUGGAAGCUGAAGAGAUAGUAAAACAACUUGAUAUGGAACAAGUGGAUGAGAUCACUACCAGUACUACUACAUCAACCAAUGGAGCAGCUCACUCAGCUCAAGCAGUUCCAGUGAGGACAUCGAUAAACAAUGGGUUAGAAGAAGCAGAGGAAACAGUUAAUCGUGAUAUCCCUCACCUUACAGCACCAGUGACUCCAGAGAGUGGUUAUUCAUCAGCCCAUGCAGAGGCCACCUAUGAGGAAGACUGGGAAGUAUUUGACCCCUAUUAUUUCAUCAAACAUGUUCCACCACUGACAGAAGAACAACUAAAUAGGAAACCUGCUCUUCCAUUGAAAACAAGAAGCACACCAGAAUUCUCCCUAGUUUUAGAUCUGGAUGAAACACUAGUGCACUGUAGUCUAAAUGAGCUAGAAGAUGCAGCACUUACUUUUCCAGUCCUUUUCCAAGAUGUCAUAUAUCAGGUUUAUGUGCGAUUAAGACCAUUCUUCAGGGAAUUCCUGGAACGUAUGUCUCAGAUGUAUGAGAUCAUUCUUUUUACUGCUUCAAAGAAGGUGUAUGCAGACAAGUUACUGAACAUACUAGACCCUAAAAAGCAGCUGGUCAGGCACCGGCUUUUUCGAGAACAUUGUGUUUGUGUACAAGGAAACUAUAUAAAGGACUUAAAUAUCCUCGGAAGGGAUCUUUCAAAAACCAUAAUAAUUGACAACUCACCACAAGCCUUUGCAUAUCAGCUUUCUAAUGGAAUCCCUAUAGAAAGCUGGUUUAUGGAUAAAAAUGACAAUGAACUUCUAAAAUUGAUUCCAUUUCUGGAGAAGCUUGUAGAACUGAAUGAAGAUGUCCGACCUCACAUCAGAGACAGAUUUCGCUUGCAUGAUUUGCUGCCCCCAGAUUAAAAGACUUGUCAAAACACUGAAGGGGGAGAAAAAGCAGGACCCUUUUGGACUAAGACAAAAACAUUGCCAUUACUGUUGAAAUUUUGCAUUUUUGUACCCUGUCUUGCUUUUCUUAUCUUUGGUGCCCAAUAAUAAUCAAGGGUUACAGAAAGAGACUUUAUUUCAGAUUGCAUACAUACAGUAGGUAGGCUAAAACAGAAGAGUCUUUAGAACUAGUGCAACUCCAGUGAAAUUUUUUUAUGUACAGGACAUCUGCAGUUUAUAAAGAAUUCUGUUUCUGCCACCAGCAGUUUGACCUGUAGUUACACAGGAUUUUAUGAUAAUAACAGAGAUGAAAUGGACUUUUAUUUUCUCUCUGUUUGGUGCUCUAAGUGGGUUUGUAGCCACUUUUCUGUUACUUUACAAUUCUCAUUUCAACAGGAAUGGCCAGUAAAAGUUGUUUUAUUUUUCCUGUUAAGGUUUAUAACCUUCUUACAUUUUUGACCUGUAUUAGAUUAGAAUUUCAUUAUGCAUUCCUUUUAGUUGAGGCGCUUCAUAGUUUUCUGGAAAUAGUCAAUUUUUAGUUUUGUUUUUUUUUAUAUGUUUGAAUGGCCGUUUUCCUGCUUUGUCUGCCUGCAUAUUGUAUAUUUGUUUAAAAAUAUUCUCUACUUUUAGUCCAUGUAAGUUUCAUUUAAAAAGACAUGCAUUUAAAUUUUGUUUCUGUAAUAUUCUACUGUAGGUUAAAUCUUUUCAAAAAUCAAGAGACUGGGUAGAUAAGAAUAUAUGAAUGACUAAUACUCAAAAGAUUUAAACCAUUGUGAUGGUGUGUAUUUCCAAAUGGUAGUAUCUUGCAGUGGCACACAGAUUUAAUGGAUAAAGGUAUACCUCAGACUUCAUUGUGCUCACCAAUCUUUGAGGAGAAUGAGUUAGUCACCUGUUGGGCUUGAUUUAGGUAUUGCUGCCUUUGGUUUUCUCCAGGAAUGAAGUAUUCAGCACAGUGAUUCAGUAUUUUUAAUUACUUUGCAUGGGCUGGUAGUAUGUACCUCUGUUAUGCUCUCAGUUACAAUCAAUUUAAAACUCUGUGUAACAGCUUGGUACCUAACAGUAGCUAUGCAUAAUCCUGUGGCACAGUACACUCCCAAGCCACCAAUGCAGUUAAUAUGCUCUCAUAGUGGUUUUCUAUACUAUAUGAAAAUGGUCUUCAAGCCUUGGUUCUCUAAUGCAGCUACCACAAGAGGUUGAUAUUUUUAUAGUGGCAUGUAAUCUUCUUUUCGGGAGGCUUUUUAUGGAAGGUAGAAUUUGUAAAAGUAUGCUUUGCCUCUCAACUGCAUUAACAUGCCACAGGCUCAGACUGUUUUUGUGUAAAGGAUGUCAAAGAACGGCACUUUUUCUAAAGAGAUAUUUUGUAUGCUUGUUAAGAAAGUACAGUAUUGGAAAUUAAAGGUGGACAACUGAUAAUUAAGGAGUAUGUCAGUUAAUUUUUUAUGUAUAUUACCUGUUUACUUGUACAACUUAUUGUACAAAUUACAUGCAGCUUCAUUUUCAAAUGAAUCCUUAAAAUAAGGAAAUCUUUUUAGGAAAACAUUUAAUUUUUGUAUUUUUGAUUUUAAAGGCAUGAGUUAUGUCAGUUUUCAGUGUAUUAAUGAAGAUUUUAACUUUUCAUCAGGUUGAGUGUUUUCUUACUAUAUUAUCUGUUGUGUGUGUAGUUAGCAUAUUGUGUCACUGAACUGUUUAAAAAUCUAGCAUGUAGACCAAGCCUGUUCUGUGGAAAAUCCUUAUUCAUUAAAAAAUAAUC